AUGCCUCUUGCCCUCGCAAAAGCCGCCAGGCACCUGGCUACCCGUAAUGGGCGGCCACUUGCCACAAGAGCUAUGGCCACAGUCCACAAUACCCACAUCCGGGACGCCGGAGCCACCAUGCCUCCUGGGCACAAGGCAAAGGUGGGGUGUCUAGAGACAUUCAAACUGCCCGAUCGUGUCACCGGGUCAGCCAGUGACAAGGCGAUGGGUCAAGCACUUGUCAAGGCUUGGAAGCGCGACGGCAUCUUCCAGAUCGCCAUGAACAGUAGUCAACGGGAGAUCUACAAGUACGCGGAGCAAGCCAGCAAGAGGUUCUUCGGAAAGCCCCACAACGAGAAGGCAGCCUGCAUUGACUCGCAGAGCUACGCUGGAUACAUCGCCUCGGGAGAGGAGAUCACAGACGGCAUCGCGGACUAUUCAGAGAUCUUCACUGUCACAAAGGACCUCGACCUGGCAGAGCCAAGGGUCGCUAAGAAGUGGCCAUGCCAUGGACCCUGCCCUUGGCCUGACGCAGAAAUGCGAGACCCCAUGAAGUCUUACAUGAACUACCUCGGCGACUCUGGAGAGAAACUCCUUGCCUUGACAGAGUUGGGCCUAGGUGUUCCCAAGGGGGCUCUCCUGCAGUAUACGCAAGAUGGAUGGCACCACAUGAGGAUACUACGAUUCCCUCCCACCAACAAGACAAAUGGAAAAGGCAAGGCCGGCCGUGGCAUCGGCAGUCACACCGACUACGGUCUCCUGGUCAUUGCCGCUCAGGAUGAUGUCGGGGGACUCUUCAUCCGUCCCCCGUACCAGGGCGAAAGCUAUGCGAACUGGGAGAAGAGUGCGGCCGGUAUGAAGGAAGACGACGAGGGGUGGGUCUACGUGCCUCCCGUCGCUGACACCUUCACCGUAUUCCCAGGUGACAUGAUGCAAUACAUGACCGACUCUUUCCUACCCUCGACCCCUCACAAAGUCGGGCUCAACACAAGGGACCGCUUCGCCUUCGCCUACUUCCACGAGCCCAGCUUCCAGGCCGUGGUGAAGCCCCUCGAGGGCUACAACAACGGCCAGAAGCCUCAGGAGGGCAUCCACUACGGAACCCACUUCACCAACAUGUUCAUGCGGAACUACCCGGACCGCAUCACCACCCAGAGGCUGCAGGCUGAGGACCGCUAUAAGCUCCUCGGGCAGCCUGAGCUUCGGACCAUGACGAGCCAGGCGCUGGGACAGCAAGCGGCGGUGAAUGCCACUCAGAGACCAGCAGCCUUUCAGACAGCUUAA